UGACGUGAGCGGGAGGCGUGGCUUCGUGGCGGUGCCGCCGUGAGGGUAGCGACGAUGGAGGCGGCGGCGGCGGCGGGAGGCGGAGCGGAGCCUCCGGGCCGGAGGGAGGCCGCGACGCUGCCCGGGCCCAGCAGAGACACGGGGCAGAGGGACAAGAAGAGGACAAGCAGGGAAACACCAGUGGAGAAAAGGGGGCCGUACCUCAUGAGCAAAACUCCUUCCAUUCAGGACAAGCUACAGAAACAUCGUGAGAUGGCAAAGGCGAUGCUGCGGAGGAAGGGAGGCGCAUUCUCAGGAGCCGUCCGGCACCAGCCCAAGCUACCAGCCAAGAGGUCAGUGAAGUUCAACAAGGGCUAUGCUGCCCUCAGCCAGAUCUCAGAUGAAACCCUGGUGUCCCUGGACUCUGACAGUGAUGAGGAGCUGGAAUCAAGAUGUUCCUCCGGUUACUCCUCUGCAGAGGUCAACCAGGAUCUCAGCCGCCAGCUGCUGCAAGAUGGGUAUCGCCUCGAUGAAAUCCCAGAUGACGAGGACCUUGACCUCAUCCCUCCCAAGCCUGUGUCAUCUUCACCAUGUCCCUGCUGCUUUGGGGAGUCUGCCUCCUGCUCCAUCCAGUAAGGAUCCAAAGAGCAGGACUGCACUGCACAGGUCAAGAACCCAGCACUUUCCCCCCUUCCUUUCAGACGCCUGGAGGUCCAGAAGAGGCAAUGGAGUCUGGCACCGAGCCUUGACCAAGCCGAUAGGGAGCAGGAAGAGGGUGCUUUGGUGGCUGGGAAAGCGGGGUGCACCGUUGCCCUGCUUGCACUUGCCCAGGCACCAGCCAGCCUCUUGAAGCUCUUAUCUGUGGUGCCCUUGGAA